UCCACUAGUGGACGCAGUUGUCAUCCUAUUAGUUUAAGAAAUAAGACAGGAACAUGUCUCUCUUAACCUAUAUUCUUACCAAGAGGUGUUGAGAAAAUAUCAAAUAUCACUUAAUAACUCAUACAAAUAGGAGAGUUGCUUAUUGUAAAUGCCGAAUUGUAAUAGUUUGUUUUGUUUUAAAAUCCUUGUGGAGAUAAUGAACGGAAUCUUUACUUCUGCAACCCCACUGUUUAGCUAUGCUGUCAGAUGAGAAGCCAGCCACAGGGUGCUGCAGUUGCCUAGCAACGGUGCUAAGCUGCAGCCAUUGGUUGGCUGUGCUGGGUUUUGAUCUCUGACAUGAGAUUCUAAAAAGGCUUUGAUCCUUUCUGAUGUGAUGCAAUAAAAACGGUCUUUAGAAUUAGACCCAUAGAAAUUUAAUUCACUCCUAUUUCUAUCCGUAGAGCUGAAACAAGGUUAUUUUGAGACCAGAUUAUAAUUCAAUACAACACAAAUCUAAAAAAUCUGUAGGCUGCUAAACCUCUUUCGAUAUCAAUGCAAGAAGAGUAAAAGAGUCCUUGAAACACAAAACAAGAUUUUUUUUUUAUCUCACACAGUGCUGGUACAGAAAAAGUCUCUUAACGAAAACCAAUACAGUUGAUUUUAACAAUUAUCAUGUCUGGAACAGAAAUAUCACAGACAGAGGACAUGCCUGAGGUUACAGGAGAUACUGUUCACCUACUGAUCGAAUCCUUUUUUAAAAAGAUAACACCGGAACAGUGGGAAUCGUUGAAAUCCUGCACCUCUGAUGAUGCCACUAAAAUUAUGGUGGCUGACCUGCUUUUGGACAUAAUAACAUUGUUGUCAAAAGUCUGGUUGACAAAUCUUAGGAGAAAAAAUGCUGCAGCGCCUGAGGAGUGGGUUUUUUCUGAGGAGUGUGUUAUGUCCAGUCUGAGCGACAUAUUCUUUCGGAGUUUUGCCGGGGCUCUGAAUGCCGAGGACCAAGUCGAGUGUGUCAGCUCGCAGCGCUUGACAGGUUUGGUCAGUAAAGAGGUUGCAGAAAGUGUCAAAUCUGCUCUCUCCACUACUAUGUACACUACAGAGCCUGUGAUAAUUCAGCACAUCACUCCCCCUCACAGGCUUAAUGCUAUGGUUGGUCAUGUCUGCAAAAUGAUAAAAGCUUUCACAGCCAAGAUAAAAACUUUGUGCUCGGCUCAAACCUGUAUGGAGACGAGUCAUACCAGUCCUACGCAGAAAACAGAACAGACGCCCUUCCAGGGAGAAGUAACAGAAGAUAUGGAGCCGGAAGACACUGAUGACUGCAUACAAUCACCAGUCACAACUGUGGAACCAGAAAUCUCGGAGAACAUCUCAUCAGACGACAGUGUGAUUGAGAUUCCAAUAUUGACGGCUGUCGAAGAAAUAAUCAGGAAGGAGGUGAUGGCGAUAAUUGAUCCUCUUUUGGAUCAAGUGCCGGACUUCAAGUAUGAACUGAUACGAUCUGAAUGCUCUCGGGAGAUUGAAGAUGUUGCAGAAGACAUCGCUCGGUCAAUAACUCAAAUUAGGAGUUUGGACGGGGCAGAAGCUGCAAGUCCAAAAUGUCAACUGUUUGUAAAAGCAAUAACGAGCAAGAUCAAGUCCUUUUUUACAAUGCGCUUGGCCAAAGCUUGGUAUUAUCGUAUAUUGGAGGAUCUCAAGGCCAAAUUCCACAAAGAAUCAAACGUUGAAAGCGAGCACUCAAGACAGACAGCCAUAGAGAGCUUUGACUCUCUGCUUCAGACUGAGGAUAAUAACAAACCACAGGGUAGAAAUGUGGUUAAUGUGAUUCAGAAGUUCAAGAAUAUGACCCUCGGUAAAAUCAAGAUAUUCACACAGGAAUUUACUGAUAUCCUCUACGGGGAAAUCACACUUGGAAUGGCACCCGAUUUGAUCCCAGAACCAAUGAGAGGGAAGUCAUGCAGUAAUGUGAAUGUGCCUGAUUCACAUGCUGACAUGUAUGCUGACAUGUAUGCUGAAAUUCGAAACAAAGUGUGGAAUUUCAUGGGACUGAUAGGGUGGUGGCUGAACACUCAGAUCGACAGCCACAGUAAUAGGGUGGUUAACAAAAUAUUAAAAGAGUCACUGGCAGCACCACAGCUACCAAAGGUCAACAUCACCGAGAAGCCUGUAGCAACUGCUCCAGCUCCUAGCUCAGUAUGUGAGGAGACUUGUGCCGUACCUGCCGUACUCAUCAAGAUAUUCACAGAGAAGCUGGUUUCGCGGAUAUACAGGAAAGCAAAAGUGAACUGGUCUAUUGGAAACCCAGAGGCCAACAUUUACCAUCUGUCUAAUAGAACAUGGGACGAAGUCAAGGGUAUCCAUUUUGCUACUACCCAAAAAACGUUUAAAAACCUUGACAAGGCCAUUUUCCAGGACUUGUGUAAGAAGUGGGGCUGUGCAGACGAGGUGCUGAUCUUCAUGCGUCUAGAAGAUCCAGCACUGGAAAAAUGUAUUGCCUCCUCUGUCAAAGAUUACCUGACGACACCACCAAAAAAGUGUAACACCAUCUGCAGGUUCUUCCUAUCUGUGGGAAAAGCCAUCUCCAAUAUCUGCAGACGUAAAGCUAGAGUUAUGCCAGUGUAAUGUGUUUUUUUCUACUAAGUUUGGGUUUUCCCCGGGCGCUCCGAGUGUUUCUCCCACAUUCAAGAAAAUGAAAAAAAAAACAACAUUUGCAGCAAAGGGCUCCAGUCCUGCCUCACAUCCAGGUUACCGUCUCCUCCACUGGGUGACCAAUGGAGCAGGAGGUUACCUAGAUGGGGGACAGGACUUGAGCUCUCAGGGCCACCUCAGUGGUCAACAGUGGGACUUCACAGCUGGAAGGCGAGGGUUCAGUGAUUGGUCCUGAGCCUUUCUGAGUUUGUGUCGUGUCUGCUGUGGCGUUAAGUAUGGGUUUACCCCAGGUGCUCCGGUUUCUUCCCACAUUCAAUGCGUAUAACAUCUACUAACUGAUUAAAUAUAAAAUAAAAAUAAAUGAAAUAAAAAUUGGCUUAUCUCUGUCAUCAUUUGCUGUAAGAGCUAAUAUGCAACUCAGAAUGAAACUCUGCUGAUCGUGGCCUGAGAUCACUGAUGGUCAGAUGUUCCAAAUAAUUAUCAAAUGACAUAGGCUACAUAAGAAAGUUCAACAAAGCAGAAAGAUUUGGAGCUUGUUAAGAUUUGAGAGUUAGGCGUGGCUAAAUGAAAUUA